CCGAGGUUCAGGAAGGAAAAACUUCAUAGCAUUCCGAAAUACGAAACUGAUUCCCAUGGAAACAUCCUCAUCCUCUGAUGACAGUUGUGACAGUUUUGGUUCUGAUAAUUUUGCAAACACGAAAUGCAAGUUUAGGUCGGAUAUUAGAGAAGAGCUGGCAAAAAUUUUUCACGAAGCCUCUGAUGAUGAAUCUUUCUGCGGCUUUUCUGAAAAUGAGAUUCAAGAUGCAUUGAAAUUAGAAUCGGAUUCAGAGGAGAAUGAUACAAGUGCUGAGAGUGAGGUAGCUCAGAGACGGCAGAAAUGCCCUGUUCCUCUAAAAGUAGCCAUGAAGUUUCCACCUCGAAGAUCGGAGAGGAGGAAGGGUGAAAUGGAACCUCUUCCUGAAAAGCUGGUGCCUGCUCCAGAUUCGGACUCUGACUCUGAAGAAAAGGGUGCCAUAUUUUUAGAGAAAAGAGCUUUAAACAUAAAGGAAAACAAAGCAAUGCUUGCAAAACUAAUGGCUGAGUUGCAAAAUGUUUCUGGUAUCUUUGGUGAGAGAAAAUCAUUGCCAACUGUCAAUCAUGGACCAAAGCGACUUCCAAGACGUUCAUUGCCCAGAAGUGCUUUGAGGAGGAACCCAGACAGAAGUUCUCGGCCUCACACAAGAUCCAGGUCCCUGAUUGAAGGUCCUCCUACUCCUUUACCAGAAGAGGAUGAUGAUGACCGGUAUAUAUUAGUGAGAAGACGACGGAUGUCUGAUGAAUACCUGGAGCAUGAAGCCCGAACUCCCAGGAGGGGUCACCGUGGUGCCAUGGCUUUUCCACACAUUGUGCGCCCAGUUGAGGAGAUAACAGCGGAAGAGCUGAAUAAUAUUUGUAGUUCUGCAAGAGACAAAGUAUAUAACAGGGCCAUGGGAUCCACCUGUCAUCAGUGUCGCCAGAAAACCAUAGACACCAAGACAAAUUGUCGUAACCCUGAUUGCAUAGGAGUACGGGGCCAAUUUUGUGGGCCAUGUCUCCGCAAUAGGUAUGGGGAGGAUGUCAGAACGGCAUUGCUGGAUCCGACCUGGAGGUGCCCACCAUGUCGUGGAAUCUGCAACUGUAGCUUCUGCAGACAGCGAGAUGGACGAUGUGCUACAGGUGUCCUGGUCUAUCUGGCCAAGUACCAUGGCUAUGACAAUGUCCAUGCCUACUUGAAAAGUCUGAAACAAGAACUUGGAAUGGAAGACUGAAGCUGUGACUGCCUUUAAAUUACGUACUCUUUCACCAAUGUCAUAUUAUUGCCUACAGUGAAUUGUUUAAUCAAAUAAGAUUACAAAGCCAGUGCCUGCCUUCCCUCCCCUUUUGGGUAAAAAAGGAUAAAGAACUUUCACUUAUCUC